CCGUAAUUUAGCUCCGUGUAUGCUCUGAAGUAACUGAAAUCUAGCCAUAGAUUAUCUAGCUAGCUAGCUACUGCAAGUUUAAGUUGUUCAGAUUAACGUAUACAUUGUCUGCUUCACAAGAAGGCCCCACUCUCAUUGCAGAACAGGCCCAGCUCUUGUCAGAAGGAAGAAACGUCUUUGCCAUGGUUUUCAACAUGAUAUGGCAAGUCUCUUGCUUUCACUCACUGCCCUUUGUGAUGGACUACAAACUAGUAGGUAGGACCAACACUGCCGGCCCAUGUAGAUAGGUGUGUUGUUCUUGCAAAUCUCUCUGCUUCUUGUUUUUUGGUUCCUAACCACGCCCAGAUACACGCCCAGAUACAAUCAACACCAGGCCUAGUUGUCGGCCUAGCUAGAAACAACUCGGGCUGGAAUCGAGGCUAUCCAUGAUCUGGCACCACCACCAUGUACCACCUCUGGCAUGCACUUUGCACAGUGCAGCCAUAGAUAAAGUCUAUGUUACAGCUAGCUAGUUUCUAACAAGCUCUCGAACGAGAUUUAAUUUCUAUAAUUCUUCUCAAGCUGCAUAACCAGAUGGAUAUGGACCCACUAAAGAAGGAGCUGUGGAGACUCAGGUUUAACUGGCUGUUCACUGUCCUGAUGGUCCCACUGUACUCCAUUAGUCAAAUUGGCAUUUCUUCUUCUUUUCAUCAGUUUGUCACUAAUCCAAACGUGGAACAGAUGAAAAAUGAGACAUAUAAAAAGCUUGAGCCAGGACUUGGGGAGACAGAAACGUUUUACUCCCUCCUGAUUGCAGGAUUCGAGUUUGGAGGAAUGGUUGGAGGGUUUCUGUCGGGUGUUCUUGUGGGAUACGUUCCCUACUGGUACUUGUGGGCGAUCGCUUUGGUGACUCAUAUAUUGGGCUACAUCAUUUAUUGUGUUACUGAUAAAGGGUGGCUGAUCAUGAUAUCAAGACUGUUGGCCGGAUAUGUCCUAGGAGCCAUAGUAACGCUAUGUUUUGCCUAUUUCUCAAGUAGUAGUGAAGAAUAUGUUGAGACACAGAAGAAGUUAGGAAUAAAAACUGAUGAAAGAUCUGUCGAAAAAGCUAGGAAUAUGCGAUUUGUGACUUUUGCUUUUGGGUACAGCUCUGGAUUCAUCAUUGGACCAGGUGCUGCCGUAAUAUUUGCUCAGUUUGAGUACAUAAGCCAGUUCAAAGCCAUUGGAUGGUUUAACGUUGCCUACGGAGUAGGAGCCUUGCUUCUUCUUGUGGUAAUGUUUCGUGGUGAAAUCAAAUGGAAGAGAGUCAGAGUGGAUCAAUGUAUGCGUUGUCCCAAAGAAAAACAAGGGUCAACGACCAAAGCUUGUGGCGGAGUUGGUCUGCUACCACUAUUUAUUAUCCUUAGUCUGCUCGUGCUCUCAUUCACUGAACGAAUUAGAUUUGCUGUUAUUCAAACACUUGUUAAUCCCAUAGCAAGUGACUCCUUUGGAAUAAAUGAGAGAUAUGCCUCGUACAUUUUCCUUUUACUUGGACUACCACAGUUUGGUGGAGCAAUAUCAUUGCUGAUUUUCCAGUGUGCACGGCUCUCCAACCAGGGAAUUACACUAGUAGGAAUUCUGACCACCGUAACUGGUUAUCUUUUGUUGACUGAUUUUCAAGCUAUACCCUACGAUCAAUGCACAGAGUACAGUCCAUUCCAUCAUCCUGGUAUUAUUGAUCACUACAAGUUUUCGUCACCUAACGAAAAUCUCAGGAAUACCACAUUUAUGACAUCACAAUCAAUGAGUACGUCUUUGCCAAAACUGAAAGACAUACAAUUCUCGUCUAAUCUUGAUGUUAAAUUUGGUGAUGGCCCAUUGUUUCAUACUAACUUUGGAAUGACGAGUAAAUUUCUUUGUCAUCAGGUACAAGAUUGCUUAUGUGAUCUUUCAACUCCUUGUAUACACUAUCCAUUGUUUUCUGCGAAGUUGAAUUCUGAAGAUUCGUAUAAGUGCACUUCUAACGAAAGUCAUACGAUAGUUUGUGUACAUUUAUCGCACGAUCAAAUUCCACAAAACUCUCAUGAAAUUUCAACUCCAGAAUUUGCUGAUACCGAAAGCAUCACUGUACUACCAAAAACGUUGUACUUUAUAGCUCGAAACAGCUGCAUUGAGGCGAAUGUGACUGGUCACCAGUGUCACUGGACACCCUCGUCCACAAUCACCAAGAAGGAGUGUGAAGACUGUCAGCCAAUCUGUAGGAGCGUGAGCCAGACACUCACUUUCACUCAGUUCUCUAUAGGCAUGGGAUUGCUCAUCUACUCCAGUGCACUCCAACUACCACCGAUAGUGGCAUUACUAACGAACCAAAGUCCCAAGCACAUACAAGGCUUUGUCAUUGGAUGUAUGUCAGCUACCAACUCCAUUAUGCGAACUGUCUCACCACUAAUAAUGGAUGCUUUGUACGAGAAAGUGCAGAAGCGGACGUUUAUCUUCACACUGAUAAUGGUCCUUGUACACAUUCCCUUUGUCAUCGAGAUUAUCGUGCUUUACUCAAAACUGGGACCAAGAACCGAUCUUGAUGAUAAUGAAACGAAGUAUUCCAAGUUAGAGCAAGAGGAAUCGAAACUGGAUAAUGUAGAUGAAUAGGUUGAUUUUAAAAUUUCUUUUGAGUACCGUAUUUUAAUGAUCACGUAGUUGAGUUUCUGUUCCGACUAGGCCCUGAUAAAUUAUGCUUUUUUUCUCACCAAUUAUUUAUUCUUGAAAAAUGUACCUAUUAUUCUCAUAAAAAUCCGAUUAUUCCCUGAUUAUUCCCCAAAAAUGUGACAUACAAAAUUAAGACGUAGAAAUAAACACAACACACAACUGACUCAAGACAUAAUAAAUAUAUCGUGUUAUCUGGCUGAA